UCAUCGGCAAAAUGUUUAGAGGACAAAUCGCCAGCCGUUUCACUGAGGUCUCAAUAGUCCGCUACACAAAAUGAUACCUUUAUAGCACUGAUAACGGGUCCCUACUAAGAUCAGGGCUUGUGAAGUUUUAAAGCAUGUUAGAAGUGAACAUGGAGGAUGUUUUGGUGCAUUUGAAAGCUGUGUUCGAAGCGUGCGACCAAAAUGGCGACGGAUUUGUGAAGACACAAGACCUUCUACGUCUCGGCCAAGAACACUCUAGCGUUGGCUUUGAGGAGAUGAAAACGCUGAUUGAAAAGCUCGAUCCCGAAGAAAAUGGGCGGAUUAGUUUCGAUGGUUUCUGUAAAGGAAUACACGACUUUCUCGGGGUUAACGGCGAUAUCGAUUUGAAUGGCAGUGGCAAAGAGGCGCACGAUUUUGUCGAAGACGAUUCUUACCCAAGACUAACAAUAUCUGCCGUCGAAAACGACCAACAAGAAGAUAGCUGUUGCGAGCGGGACAGCACUUACAGCACAACGUCAACAAAUGAAUAUAUUGGUGAUGAUGACGACAAUUUUCCAGACGAGUUACAAACCUCAAAUUUCAGUCGUAAUCAAAAACAAUAUUCUACAUUUCCACCUCCUACUGGGCCACGGUUGAAACAUCGGGCCACUUUAGCAGCCAUGAAUGUCGACAUGUACAGCGAUAGAUGUUCACACUCAGACACAAGUGAAUACCAGUCAGAGGAAGGAUUUGAAGGUUAUGGAGAGAGCUUUAGUGAGGAUACGGCAUUUGAAGAUAGUCCAACCUUAAGGAGGGAACGACAGUUUGAGAAUCGUCUUUAUAGAGGCUCUGGUUCUAGAAGAACUUCAGCUGCAGCAGCUGCCAUGUCAAGUCAUAAUAUGCAUCUUUUUAAAUGUCACUCGGAGAACCCCAGCCGACAUAACAGUUUUGAUGAUCUGAUUGGUGAUAGAGCACUAUCAGACAGUGAAACCGGAACAUCGAUGUUUCUUCUGACAGAGCUAAAGAGGUUAUCAUCCCAAGUAUCGCUGUUACAGGAAGAUCAUGCGAUGCAAACAGAUAAACAAUAUAAAAUACGAGAAGAAAACAAAUUGUUAUGUUCAAGGAUAAAUGCACUAGAAGAACAGAUUGAAAGCCAAAAAGUAACAACAGGAAAACAAGUAGAAGAAGAAAGUUUUAAAUAUAAAUUGGCCUUGAACAAAUUAGAAAGAGAAAAUGAGGAAUCUUUAGAAGCACUUAACAGAAAAUUACUUCAAGCUGAAGAGGAAAUAGAAAAUCUUAAAAAAGUGGAGCCUUUGUUGAGAAAAGAGCUUGACACAUGUCAAGAGGAGAAAAGAAGGCUUGUCAAACAAGUCGAUAGCCUCGAGCUUGCACUUCAGAUCAAAGCAGAUGAAGUGGCUGAGCUUAAAGCAAAGCUUGAAGUUGAAAUAAAGGGACGGCUAGAAGAACAACAUCACCAUGAACAGGAGCUUGCUUUGGCUUCUGAGCAAAUGGUUGAACUGGAAAAAUACAAGUAUGAAGUAGACCUGAAACUUAAAGAUCAUCACAGCAUGGAACAACAAAAAACCGACUUAGAGAGACAUGUGCAGUCACUAAUAAAGGAAAACUUGAGCUUGAAAAAUUCAAAAGAAGAGCUGAAUGUUCAGCUGCAUCAGGAUGGUUACUUUGGUGCUGGUCAGCAAGGGUCACUGGCCGAUGAACUUGUCACAGCUGACAAAGAAAAGAUUAUCAGUACUCUUAGAGACCAAGAAGAGGAGAACAGGAGACUAAGAGGCUACUUAGAUGGACUGUUAAUGAUGAUUAUGGAACACAAUCCUGCACUUCUUGAGCUUCAAUAACACCAUCUGAUCUGUUCGUCCCCUACCCACCCAUCCCUGUACAUCUUUAUUGACAUACAAACAUCCUGGCAAAUUAGAUGGUAGAUUUUAUAUGCAUACGCAGGCAGUAAAUUACAAUCAUUUUUUAGGAUUUUUUUACCAAGAAUGCAGCUACAUGUUUUUCUAAUUACAGUCUUGGUCUCUGUUUAGAAAUCAUGCACUUUAAUUUAGUUGACUGUGUGACAUGCGGUCUAACUUUUGUUUUAGUUGUAGGAAACAUCCUACGUUCUGUUAUUCAUUUACAGGCUAAAGCCAUUAAAGACCUGUAAAAUUACAGAGAAAAAGUAAACUUGUAUCCAGUUAAAGUUGACAUUAUUUUCAGUUGGGGAAAAAUUGGGCACGCACUUAUUUCCUCAACCAAAAUUCACAGUGUCUAAAGAGAAAGCGAGUCAAACAAAGAGAAUUUUGUUCUCAUUUCAAACUUUUUUUCAUUUUCAUAUUAGGAAAAUAUUACAAAGCAGAGAUUGUUAAUCGUACAUUGAUGUUUGUGAACCUGGAAACAACUUCCCCCCCUGCCCCACCCAGAAAAAAAAAAACCUCAGUGCAUUUUGUGAUCUACCACUUCAGUUAGCAAGUGGACAAUUUUUUAAUGUUUGAACAAUUAAAUUAUUUGAUAGCUGUAGUGUAGUGUAAAUACCACCGUUCUAGAUGGAAAAAAUAUAUGAAUAAGUUGAUUGUUGAGAGUGCCACAGAGAAAAUGGAAUUGACAAUGUAUCUUUGAAUGAUUUGGAAAGACCCGUUGAUAAGACAUGGUCUAAAACUUGGAACACUGAUGAAAAAGCUGACACUAAACUGCCAAUUACUUACCUAUACUAUGCUUAAAUACCAUAACAAAUUAUUUUUUUAGGCAAUGACGAUUUCACUAUAAAGGUAUACAGUGUCGUUCCCAGAUCUCCUGAUCACCUUGGUCAGUUAGCAGCCAUGGUGAUGGAGUGGGGAAUCUUCUCUUGGAAUGAGAUUGUAUACUGUAUGUGAAUUCACAUUUUGUUAC